GUGAAAAUGGAUUCACUUUCUGUAGAAGAGCUUUCUUGUCCCGUGUGCUGUGAAAUCUUUAAGAAUCCUGUUUUUCUGUCAUGUAGUCACAGUAUCUGUAAAGAGUGUCUUCAACAGUUCUGGAGAACCAAGAAAACACAGGAGUGUCCUGUCUGCAGGAGAAGAUCCUCAAAAACUGAACUUCCUCCUAAUCUUGCCUUAAAGAACUUGUGUGAGUCGUUCCUGAAGAGAAAUGAGAGUCGUUCAUCAGGAUCUGAGGAGAUCUGCAGUUUACACAGUGAGAAACUCAAACUCUUCUGUCUGGAGGACGAACAGCCGGUGUGUUUAGUGUGUGUUAAUUCACAGAAACACGACAACCAUAAAUUCAGACCCAUCGAUGAAGUGGUUUCGUCAUAUAAGGAGGAGCUCAACACAGCAUUGAAAUCAUUACAGGAGAAACUAAAACACAAUGAAACAAUGAAAGGAGAGUUUGAGAAAACAGUUCAACACAUCAAGUCUCAAGCUGAGCACACAGAGCUUCAGAUUAAACAGCAGUUUGAGAAGCUUCAUCAGUUUCUCAGAGAUGAAGAAGAAGCUACAAUCACUGCACUGAGGGAGGAAGAGGAGCAGAAGAAGAAGAUGAUGAAGGAGAAGCUGGAGGAGAUAAACAGACACAUCUCAGCUCUUUCACACACAAUCAAAGACACGGAGGAGAUGAUGAAAGCCAGUGAUGUCUGCUUUCUAAAGGAGUUUCCAGUCUCAAUGGAAAGUGUCCAGAUCUCACAGCCGGAUCCACAGAUGCCUUCUGGAGCUUUGAUUCGUGUGCCACGUUACUUGGGCAACCUGCCGUUCAGAGUCUGGAAGAAGAUGCAGGACAUCGUCCAGAACACUCCUGUGAUUCUGGAUCCAAACACUGCAAGUCCACGUCUCAUCGUGUCUGAUGAUCUGACCAGUGUGAGAUGCGGAUUUCAACCUGUUCCUGAUAAUCCAGAGAGAUUUGACUAUUAUUAUUGUGUUUUGGGUUCAGAGGGUUUUAACUCAGGAACACACUGCUGGGAUGUGGAGGUUAAACAGAGUUUAUACUGGAGUCUUGGAGUAACUACAGCAUCAAACCAGAGGAAGGGACGUGAUUUCUUUAACACUGAUGUCUGGUGUUUGUGGUACGGAGUGUCUCCAGGUUCUGGUUUUCGUGUUAAACAGAAUCUUGAUCGUGUGAGAGUGAAUCUGGACUAUGACAGAGGAACGGUGUCAUUCUCUGAUCCUGUAACUAACACACAUCUACACACAUUCACAACCACCUUCACUAACACUCUCUUUCCAUUCUUCAGGUGUUAUUAUGCUUCCUCUCUGAGGAUCUUAGAGAUCAAUAGUCAGUAAUCGUUACUCCUGUAGAUCUGGAUCUUCCUGCUUUCAUCUUUCAUCAUGAUUCAAUAUUUAAUCACAUGAGUAAGAGACUGUUGAUCUGAAUAUCAGAUCAGAAAACAAGUAAAUAUAUUC